UAAUGUCGAAACCUGUCAAAUCACCCUUUCCAAGAGCCAAGAUUGAUUUGCCAAGUUCGUACCGCUCAGGUCCCACGGGUUCUCAAAGGCCAGGAAGGGAGACGUUCCCAGAAGGGUCAAAUUCAAGGUCAAGGUCACUGCAACAAGAUCCCUCUCAGUAUCAUUACAACCCAGAGAGUGUAAGGAGCAACAAACCCAAGGUUAGCCGUUUUCGUCGGUGGAUAUAUCGCAAUCCUCGCAGGUUUCAGUUUAUUGGUCUUGGUCUUGGACUGACAAUUUUCUUCAGUCGUCCUUUGUAUGACAUAUUUUUAAGGGAACAUAUUGAAGGUCCAUUUGUAACCAAGAUGGAGUCUGUUAAGAAGGCACAAAGUCGUCUGCGAAAUUACCCAAAACUUGUUGCAAACUGUGCACCUGUAGCAACUGAAUAUGCACGUUGUGUGGCUUUGAAAGGAAAUGUACUGAAAGGAGAUUGUACUCAAGAGUUUGAUGCAUUUAAAAGGUGUAUUUUAGAAUCUGCCAAAAAAAUGAAAACAAAAAUUUAA